AUGGAGACAGAAAACGGUCAAUUGUCGGUUCCACCAGGGUUUCGGUUCCAUCCAACAGACGAGGAACUCGUCUAUUACUAUCUAAGGAAGAAAGUGUCAUAUGAAGCCAUUGAUCUCGAUGUCAUUAGAGAAGUGGAUCUCAACAAGAUUGAACCUUGGGACCUCAAAGAUAAAUGCAGGAUUGGGACAGGUCCACAAAACGAUUGGUAUUUCUUUAGUCACAAGGAUAGGAAAUACCCAACUGGUACUCGAACAAAUCGGGCCACAACUGUUGGAUUCUGGAAAGCAACCGGAAGAGAUAAAGCCAUCCAUCUUAGUAACUCUAAGAGAAUCGGAAUGAGGAAGACACUCGUGUUCUACACUGGCCGUGCUCCCCAUGGCCAAAAGACUGAUUGGAUCAUGCAUGAGUAUCGUCUCGACGAUCACACCUCUACCCACCUACAGGAAGAUGGAUGGGUGGUGUGUAGGGUUUUCAAGAAAAAGAACCUUGUUCGUGGUUUCCAACAAGAUGUUAAUGUUCUCGAAGAAGAAGAUCAAGAUCAUGACCAUCGUUUCCCUAGCCUUGAACAUCAUCAUCAUGGAUUUGAUCUUCAAUACCAUCAACCUGCAGUGACUAAUCCAAUUAACAAGACGUCCAACUUUACUAUGAACCUUCCGGGCUAUGGAUACUGCAGUUUCGACGGAUCCACUACGCUGCCGCAGCUGUUGAGUCAUGAUCAUCAUCAUCAACAACCAUUAAUAACACCGAUGGCAAACUUUAUGAAUAAUAAUAGUUCACUGGAUCUGAACUGCUCUCAAAGCUUGUUAAGCCGGCUAACUAAUAACAACACUUCAUCAUCUGGAGGAGAUUGGUCUUUCUUGGAGAAGCUUCUUGCAAGCAACCAUCCCCAGAAACAGCAGCAACAGCAGCAGGAGGCUUCAUCUUCCGGCCAAGAAGGUCUUAAUGGUAAUAAUCAGCAGGUGGUGGGAUCAUCAACAUCUAGGUUUCCGUUGCACUACUUGGGAUGUGAUCAAGCAGCUGACAUGUUCAAGUUUCCAAAGUAA